ACCACCAAGUUGCAGCAGAACCGGAUGUUACUCUUUGAGCCAUAUGGUGUCUAACGUGAGUAGAGCGGACUCGGUUUGUUGUGCUGAGGAAGGGUGUGUGAGCUCCAACAGUACUGGUCCAUCAGAGCCUCUGUGUGUCCGGAUGAACCUGUCUGAUGGACUUUGUGCUGCUCACCUUCUUUCUGAAUGUUUUACCUCUGACUCGUCUCCCGGUAGCUACAAAGCUAUUGACGGUAGCUUAGCAUGCUAGCUGGUUAGCAACACAGUUUGAAGGAGAGCAAAGAGUGUUUUUGACGGAGUUUGUUCGGAGGAAAAGUUUCUGUCAUUGCGUGAAAAAUGUCUAAAGUCCAAAUGCUGAGAGCGUUGGUGGAGCAGCGACUAACUGCGGCUGCUGAAGAGAUAUUUGGGCUGUUUGAAGGAACGAUAGCAGAGUACGAGGAGGAACUUUGUCGUUCAAAAGAGAAGAACGAGCGACAACAGAAACUGCUGGACGCUGUUUUAAACCCUCAGCUUCGGUUACACAGAGCAGAGCUCCCACAGCAACAUGUCUGUAAGGAGGAGGAGGAUCUCUCUGACCAGGAGCUCAACAUGCCAGUUAUAACCUCUGUUGUAUCAGAAGCAAACAGUGACCACCAGCUCCUCUCUCACAACUCUCAUGAAGCUGAGAGCCAAGAUCAGAAAGGAGGCAAGCAUGGAGACUCAGGAUCAACUAGAAAUGCAGAGCCAGAACCAAAGAAGAGACAACGCAAGCGCAGAAGUCACAGGAACAACGUAGACAACACUAAGUUGUCAGAGAUUCACCCUAAUACUCAAACAGAGCUCCCACAGCAAUAUGUCUGUAAGGAGGAGGAGGUUCUCUCUGACCAGCACCUCUGUAUUCAGGAGAAGAAAUCCAGUCUGGACCAAGAGGACCCAGAGCCUCCAAAGAUUAAAGAGGAACAGGAGGAACUGUGCACCAGUCAGGAGGGAGAGCAGCUUGUACUGAAGCAGGAGACUGAUACCUUUAUGUUGACUCCUACUUAUAAGGAAAGUGACCACAGUGAAGGUCAGACUCUGAACUUCAAUCCUGAUGAUGACACUCUAAGUGCAGCAGAGAAAGAGUCUUUAGACAAUAUGCCAGUUAUAACCUCUGUGGUAUCAGAAGCAACCCGUGACCACCAGCUCCUCUCUCACAACUUUCAUGAAGCUGAAAGCCAAGAUCAGAAAGAAGGCAACUAUGGAGACUCAGGAUCAACUAGAAAUGCAGAGCCAGAACCAAAGAAGAGACGACGCAAGAGCAGAAGUCACACUAACAACGUAGACAACACUAACAUGUCAGAGAUUCACCCUAAUACUCAAACAGAGCUCCCACAGCAACAUGUCUGUAAGGAGGAGGAGGUUCUCUCUGACCAGCAGCUCUGUAUUCAGGAGAAGAAAUCCAGUCUGGACCAAGAGGACCCAGAGAUUCCACAGAUUAAAGAGGAACAGGAGAAACUGUGCACCAGUCAGGAGGGGAAGCAGCUUGUACUGAAGCAGGAGACUGAUACCUUUCGUCACAGUAACAAUGUGAACAACACUUACAUGUCAGAGAUUCACCGUAAUACACAAACAGACGUCCAGCAGCUGUCGGUGGUUAAAGCAGAGGUUCCCCCUGAGCAGCAGGAGUGGAGCUCCAGUCUGGACCAGGAGGACCCAGAGCCCCCACACAUUAAAGAGGAACAGGAGAAACUCUGGACCAGUCAGGAGGGAGAGCAGCGUCAAGGGCUGGAGGAGGCUGAUAUCAAGUUCCAAUUCACUUCUGUCCCUGUGAAGAGUGAAGAAGAUGAAGAGAAAGCUCAGUCCUCACAGCUUCAUGAAAGCCAUACUGAGGAGAACAGAGAGGCAGAGAGAACAGAAGCUGAUGGAGAGGACUGUGGAGGACCAGAACCAGCCAGGAACUCAGAUCCAGAUAGUCCUUUACAACCAGCUACUCAUGACAAGACUUCAGACUCCUCUGAAUCUGAGACGAGGGAACCUCAGUCAGGUUUAAACCCUCUGAAAAACAAUGAAGUAGCUGUAAGUGAUGUGGAAUGUAAUACUGGAAACACAUCAGUUAGCUCCUCUGAAUGUGCUGGAAGCGUUGGCCACAAGAAACAUCUGCAGAAACACUCUGGAGUCCAAACAGGAGUGAAACCAUUUUGUUGCUCAGUUUGUGGUAAAAGAUACCUUCUGAAGAAGACCUUAACGACUCACAUGAAACUUCAUUCAGAAGAAAAAUGUUUCACCUGCUCAGUCUGUAAAGCAAGUUUCUGUCAGCCUGGCAAUUUGGUUAAACACAUGAGAAUCCACACAGGUGAAAAACCAUUUAGUUGUUCAGUUUGUGGUAAAAGAUUCACACAAAAGCAACAUCUGAAACCACACUUGGCUAUCCACACGGGGGAAAAAACAUUUAGUUGCUCAGUUUGUAGUAAAAGAUUCACACAAAAGCAACAUCUGAAACAACACUUGGCUGUCCAUACGGGGGAAAAAACAUUUAGUUGCUCAGUUUGUAGUAAAAGAUUUGCACUAAAGCAACAUCUGAAACGACACUUGACUUCCCACACUGGGGAGAAAUUAUUUAGUUGUUCAGUAUGUGAUAAAAGAUUUGCACACAAGCAACAUCUGAAAACACACUUGCCCGUCCACACAGGGGAGAAACCAUUUAGUUGCUCAAUUUGUAGUAAAAGAUUUGCACUAAAACAAUAUCUGAAAAGACACUUGCGCGUCCACACAGGGAAGAAAUAAUUAUUUGUUAAAAGGUGUAAUAUGUAAUAGCGUUUAAAAUGGUUACUGCAGUCCAUAUUCAGAAUACUGGAGAGAGCCGGCCUCUCCUCCCCAGACUCAAAGUUUACAGGGUUGCCAGGUUGAGAACGCUGAACUCAAUGUCCCACAAUGUCAAUCAGUACGUUUACAUGCACAUAAUAUUCCGGUUUUUGCCCUAAUUGCGAAAAAGAUGAUAUUCCAACGAAGCUGUUUACGGGGCUAAUGAAAGUGAGUAUUCCACUAAUAUUCUCGUUUACAUGUAGCUGUGCAAAACAUUACAAAGUUUACCUUUGCAUGGUCAAGUUCCUCCCUACAUCUCUGACUUGAUACAGCUUCAUACUCCCACCCGUAGCCUGAGGUCAUUAUGUCAGAGGCUAUUAUUCCGAUCAUCACCAAAAAUGUUAGCAGAAUUGAUCUAUACCCAUCCAACAAUCUACUUAUGAAUUUUCAUAUAUGUUCAUGGACAUUUACUAAUUAAUCUAAUUAGUAUAUGAAAGUGACUUUGAAGAGGGAAAGAAGUAAGAACGCUCGGGUGACAAUCUUUCCCUUUUAAAAGUUUCCAUUUUUACUGUACUGGAAAUGAAGGAGCUCUUAUUGCAUAAUUCAGUUUUUUUAUUGUUAUUGUUUAUUUAGAAUUUUAUUGUGAUGGACGGAAGUACGAUCUGGUAGUUUUGACAGCAUUGAUGGGACUUAAUAUCCCCGAAAAACCAGCAGCGCCCAGUGUUUACAGCGAGGAGCUAGGGGUGUCCGGUUAUGGCCAAGGGUAGCGCAUGGCUAAUUCACCGGUGACAGCGUACUUUAGCCGGCUCUUGUAAAGUAAAAGCUAAAGUAAACAGUUAAAACGAUAUAGCGUUAGAAAAGGUAAGAAGCUACACUGAAGUUUUACACCAUUAAAUUAACUGAAAACAUUAAUAGACCAUUUAUAUUUGUAUUUGAACUGCAAAGAAUGUACUUUUUAAACCGCUUGUUUUUAAUGUCAAUAACAAAAUGCUCCAAAUGUUUUAUACUGCUUUUAUUGAAAGUGUUUUAACUUGCUGUAUUACCUGCUAGUUCUGAAAUGCCACUGAGUCACGGACAACGACAAUCAGAAAAACAACUGCCAGUAAGUUACUUGGGAUAACACAACCGAGAAUUGAACACAUUUACAAAGAUAGACUGGUGAUAAAGACCAAUAACAUUGUAUGUGACUACACACGCCCCCUGGCAUCUCAUUUUGAACUACUGCCAUCUAGGCGUCGUUUCUGCCCACCCCUUCUGACCAAGAACAGAUUCAAAUUCUCUUUUGUACCACAAGCCAUAAAAGCCUUAAAUCAGUCAAAAUAAGCUAGAUGUCCAGCUGGCCUGGUCAUACCUAAGGGUGUAUGGUGUAUUGUAGUGUGUGAUGUAUGUUCUUAAUGUUCAUCGGUGUCUGAUGUAUGGACUUUUUGUUUGUAUCAUAUGUCUGAUGUCCUGUCACGAAGUGCCUUGCGACUAUGCCGCAAACCCAACUGCCCCACGGGGACAAUAAAGUUAUCUACUACUAGAUAACCGUUCCG